UGCUAACUAAAAUUAAUAGCUUCAACAUCAUGGGAAGCCUAUACUUCUUUGGCCUCUUCUUGGCGGCCUUACAACUUUGUCAGUUGCUGAUAACUUCAGCUUCAGCCAAUGCUGCUGCAACCACUUUCGAUUACAGCGAUGCACUCGACAAAACCUUGUUCUUUUUCGAAACACAGAGAUCCGGUAAACUUCCCUCCAACCAACGCGUUCAGUGGCGGGCAGAUUCUUGCCUCAACGAUGGUUUCUCACAACAAGUAGACUUAGUGGGAGGAUACUAUGACGCAGGAGACAAUGUAAAGUUUGGGCUUCCAAUGGCUUUCAGUGUGACGCUAAUGUCUUGGGCAGCAAUUGACUUAAGACAAGAGAUAAUAUCUGCUAACCAGUUGGAACAUACCCUUCAAGCCAUAAAAUGGGGUACUGAUUACUUUCUUAAGGCACAUUCACAGACUAAUGUUCUUUGGGUUCAGGUAGGAGAUGGUGAAGCAGAUCACAGUUGUUGGCAGCGUCCAGAAGAUUUGACGACAGCACGAAAAGCGUAUAAGGUAGACUCCAGUAAGCCAGGAUCAGACGUUGCUGGGGAAACUGCAGCUGCAUUGGCUGCUGCUUCUUUGGCUUUUCAGCCCUACAAUUCUUCUUACUCUGCCCUUCUCUUGCUUCAUGCAAAACAAUUAUUCUCUUUUGCAGACUUGUUUAGAGGACAAUAUGAUGAUUCCAUUCCAGGUGUAGAAUCAUUCUACCCUUCAUCAGGAUACUCGGAUGAGCUGUUGUGGGCAGCUGCUUGGUUGUAUCGAGCAACAAACAACAACUACUACUUGCAGUAUGCUUCUUACAAUGGAGCUGAUUUAGGUGGAACUGGAAAUGCUGUUAAAAUGUUCUCUUGGGAUAACAAGUAUGCUGGUGUACAAAUCCUUCUAUCUAAGGUUUUACUGGACGGAGAAGGUCAAUCAUAUACCAACACUUUGAAGCAGUACAAAGCUAAAGCAGACUACUUUACUUGUGCUUAUUUGGGAAAAAACAAUGGGUACAAUGUUCCUAUGACUCCAGGAGGGCUGGCUUACCUUCUUGCAUCAAACAAUCUACAGUAUGCGGCUUCAGCUUCAUUCCUUUUAGCCAUCUAUUCUGACUAUCUGUCUCGCUCGAAAUCUGUGGUUGAUUGUCCAGAUGGAAAAGUACAGCCUCAAAAUCUCCUUAACUUCGCAAAGUCGCAGGCCGAUUAUAUACUCGGUAAGAAUCCUCAAUCAAUGAGCUACUUAGUAGGGUAUGGAACCAAGUAUCCUCAAAAACCUCACCAUAGAGGUUCUUCCAUUCCCUCUAUACAUGUGCUUCAAACAAAGUUGGACUGUGUGCAAGGGUUUGAGGAAUGGUACAAGAAUUCGGGUCCAAACCCAAAUGUCUUGUAUGGUGCUCUACUUGGAGGUCCUGAUAGCAGUGAUUGUUUCUCUGAUGAUCGAGAUAACUAUGCCCAAAGUGAGGCUACUCUUACUUCUGUCGCGCCUCUUAUAGGACUUUUCUCUAAGUUGAACUGUCUAUCCUCUUCAAGUCUUGAUACAGGUUAUGGAUAUGGUUCCCCUACGACACCUCCACAGAAUCCUUAUUCAGAAGAAACAUCAGCUCCAAGCACACCAUUAGAUUCUCCUGCAAUGUUACUACCUGUAAUGAAGGAACCAUCAACAGCUAAAGUUCCUCAAUCUCCUCCAGAUCAACCGUUAGAGACACCUGUUCAAAGUAAAUCUGUGCUGCAACCUCCCACACUAGCACCAGCUCCAGGUCCUGGCUACUUUUUGGGUGCACCUGCUCCCACCGUACUAGUAGCGGAUUAUGUCCUGAUUACUCAACCAAUAAACUCAGCACCUCCAACGCACAAAGAUCGAAUCCCGAGUUUAGUUCUAAGAUCAAUAACGCUAUUGUUUGUGCCUCUGCUAGCAAUUCUCUAAAUUCUUGUUAUAGCUGUUAGAGUAGUUGAUACCUUCAUAAAUGGUCCUUUCUUUGGCGAGAGUAAUAUAUUCAAUGUAUUCGAUGAAUGAACUUUGAAAUGCAGAGUAGCAACUACAAAAGUGUGGUUUGUCCUUGUUACUAUAAUGUCA